UCCGUGUUUGGUGACGUCAUGGGCAUUGGAAGUACUGUGGGCUCGUAGGGGAGUUUUGUAAACGCUAUGGACGGUCACCCGGAACUACGCUAAACUAUAGGUUUUAUCGUCGCGGGAUCAAGGCAUAACUCUACAUGAUUAAUACGUGUCUUUAUUGUGAGCUGGCGAUUCAUUUUAGCCUGUACCAGGCUCUAUAUAGUAGACUAGAAUGUCCCGACAUGAAGGUGUUAGUUGUGACUCAUGUCUGAAAUCAAAUUUUCGUGGGAAGCGUUACAAGUGUCUGAUUUGUUACGAUUACGAUUUAUGUGCAACAUGCCACGAGAGUGGCGCCACCACUACAAGGCAUACAGCUGAACACCCAGUCCAAUGUAUAUUAACAAGGUCUGAUUUUGGUAAGUUAACCAAGUUGGAUUUACUUCCUGAUUUAUUCUUAUGUCCAUAUGUCUAUCAUUUGUACACUCAGCACAAAUCCAUUGUAUUGCUUGAAUUGUAGGUUUGUCCGGUUUGUGCAGCUUUGCCGGGAGGUGAUCCAAAUCAUGUUACAGAUGACUUUGCUGCUCAUCUAACUUUGGAGCAUAGAGCUCCUAGAGAUCUUGAUGAAACUAGUAAUACAAGACAUGUUAGAAGAAUGUUCCACCCUGGUAGAGGGGUGGGUGUGCCAAGGGCUAGGAGAACCAACAUGCAUUUUAGUGGUGGUUCUGGUCUUUCUAAUCAGAGUUCAACAUCGCCAAGCAGUAGGGAAACGAUGGAUCCAAUAGCAGAAUUAUUAUCACAAUUAUCGGGUGUUCGUCGAUCAGCGGGUCAACCGCAGUCAUCUACUUCAUCACAGCUACAGCAAUUACAGAUGCAGCUACAGUUGGAGAGACAGCAAGCCCAGGCUGCAAGACAUCACAUGGAACGGUUUUCACGGCGACAGGCAGCUUCAGCCACUUUAAUGAACCCUUCAAAUUCCACAAACAGUACAUUAGAUAGUACGCCUAGUUCACAAGCAAAUUCCCAGUUUCUUUUAUCAAGGAUAAAUGAUUCGUCGUUGUCCGAGAGUGACCAGCAGCUCCUGGAAGUGGAGCGGGCUGACCAUAGUUUGUUUCUACAAGAUUUACUCUUAUCUACAUUAGCUGAGGAAGCACAGUUCCAACGUGAACUGGAGGACGAGAAGUCCUUGCAGCCGAAUGAGAACGACGAUGACGAAGGUGCCACAGGAGGUGCAACACCUAGUGAUAUUUUACUGCAUUUAGAUAAUUUAAGUGUUAAAGACAAAGAGCCUCCUCCUUAAUGAAAUGUACUUCUUUCAACUUUAAGAAAUAUAGCUAUCUUUAGAUAUUCUCAUCUCUUAAUUUCUUGUUUUUUGUUGUUUUGAUGUUAUCAUUUUGUUUUCACAAGGCUACGCAUUCAGGAAUUGUUUUGACAGUAAUUGUACAUAGUUGUAACAACAAAUUGUUUUGACAGUAAUUGUACAUACAUUGUAACAAAAAAUUAAAUUGUUUCCAUUUUUUUGUGAAUUUAUCACCUUCUUUAUCUGUAUCUGUGUUGGACCAAAGUAGCAUUAUUUUCUUAUGAGCAAGAAAUUAACACAACUUGUAAAAAUACUGGGUGUAUGUGUACAAGUGUC